CGUGACGAAGGCAUCAACCGGAAGUUACACUUCGCCACGUUUCCUGAAACACAAAGUAGAAAUUUAGAUAAUUUGGAUUUUCUUGGCCAUUAUUACAACAUUUAUCAACAUAUUUUACAUUAGUUGAGAGAUAGUUACAUAUUAAACAACCAGCUAAGUUGGCUGAAUUGUAUCUAGGUGUACUGCGACGAUGGUUUCUGUAUUGAAUACAAUUGACACUGCCCAUGAGGACAUGGUGCAUGAUGCUCAGUUAGAUUAUUAUGGUACAAAAUUAGCCACCUGUUCAUCAGAUAGAUCAAUCAAAGUUUUUGAUGUGAGAAAUGGACAACAAACAUUAAUAUCAGAUCUCACAGGACAUGAAGGACCAGUAUGGCAGUUAGCCUGGGCACAUCCUAUGUUUGGUAGCACACUGGCAUCAUGUGGUUAUGAUAGAAAAGUUAUUAUUUGGAAAGAGACUAAUGGUACCUGGGCUAAACUUUAUGAAUAUUCGAAUCACGAUUCUUCAGUAAAUUCAGUAGCUUUUGCACCUCAUGAAUUUGGUUUAUUGUUAGCAUGUGGUAGUUCAGAUGGAACAAUCUCUAUUUUAUCAAGUACAGGUGAUGGCACCUGGGAUUCUAAAAAAAUUAAUAAUGCACAUUCUAUUGGAUGUAAUGCUGUAAGUUGGGCUCCAGCUGUUACACCUAAUGCUUUAUUUGAUACAGGAAAUAGACCACCUACAGUCAAACGUAUCGUAUCAGGUGGCUGCGAUAAUCUUGUCAAAAUAUGGAGAGAAGAAGAUGGUCAAUGGAUAGAAGAACAGAAACUAGAAGGUCACAGUGAUUGGGUGCGUGAUGUAGCUUGGGCUCCAUCUAUAGGUUUACCAAAAAGUAUAAUAGCUACUUGUUCUCAGGAUUGUCGAGUUAUAAUAUGGACCAAUGAUGGAACUAGUAAUACCUGGUCAUCAAAAGUUUUACAGAAAUUUAAUGAUGUUGUGUGGCAUGUUAGUUGGAGCAUCACAGGAAAUAUACUGGCUGUAUCAGGGGGGGAUAACAAGGUGAGCUUAUGGAAGGAAUCAACUGAAGGCCAGUGGGUCUGUAUAAGUGAUGUCAAUAAAGGUCAAGGACAGAUUUCUGAAGGACAAAGAACACUACAAUGAAAUUGUUAGAUGUAUAAAUCGUAAAUUCAUAACAUCAUCUAUAGAUUUAUAAGAUAAAAUCUUGUAUUGAGAAAAGCCAUAUAUUUCAAUUUCAGUCUCCUUAAAAACUUGAUCAUUCAAGCAAAAACAGUUAGUUACUAUACAACAAUUUAUUGCCAUUGUAUGGGGAUGGGGGCGGGGAAGAGAUCUCAUUUUAUUUACAAGUAAUUUGAUGGAAUACUAGGUUGAGUUGCUUGCAAUUAAGCAGCAAGGUGUAGUUUUAUGAUAAGAGAGACCUAUUUGUUUUGUAAUGUUUCAGAUUGUACAAAAUUGUAAAGCAAUGAAUUAAGGGGAAAGAUUGAAUUUGAUUGUAUUUGUAGAAAUGUGAAAAAAAAUACAGUUUAUUUAUAAUUACCAUAUUCAAUGUCAUAGCUGCCCAGGCCUUACAAAAAUUUUCAAAAUAUUUUGAUAGGUUUUGGUGAAACAUUCAAAAUAUUUGAUAUGUUUUUGUCAAACACUCAAAAGAAGUGUUCAAUUUUAAUAGACCUCAUUGAACAUUUUCCACAAUAACUUGUUCAGAAACUGAGCAUCAAAAUCAUUUCAUGAUUGCAGCAACUAAUGAACUUCAAACUUUAAGUUCUAAGUACUGUUAGGUGAAAACAGAGGGUUGCUUAUUUUAGUUCAAAGAAAAGAUUUAAGUUGGGCAUUUUAUUACAUUGAAUAUAGUAAAUAGAGAUUUUGAGUUUACAGUGAAAUACUAGUUAUUUGUUAUGUUAAGUGUCAAUUCAUUUAGAUACAAUAUAUAUCUCCUGUAAAUAGAAAAUGGUAAAAAGUAAUUCUUUAUUCAGUGAUUGUAUGAAUCUAAUAUAAUCCAUCUAAUAUUCUUUAAAUAAAAUCUUUUUUGAUCUAAAUAAUCUCAAGCAUGGAGUCAGAUAUUUCAAAAUGCAACAGAAUUAAGAUAGAAGUAUAAUUUUUACACCAACUUAUUAAUUAUAUUAUGGUUUGCUAUUUCUUCUCUGCCUAUUAAAAGUUAUAGUGGUAAUCAACUUGACUUUAUUGUUAUACUAUCUUUUAACAGUUCAUGUAUUUCUAUCGACUUUCAAAUAUUAUUCUUGUAAAUUAUCAUAAAUGUUUAUGUAUAUAAAACUAAAUAAAUAUUACUACUAAAUACUC